ACUUGGCCCAAAUAAUGAGAGGAGCCCAAUACUUGCUUUUUAGGGUUUCACCUCUCUUUCUCAUCAGUCCCUCACUCCCUCUCUCUCUCUCAUCAAUCGCUCACUCCCUCUCUCUCUCCUCUCCUCUCGUUAUUCACCUCUCUUCUCCUUCCCUCCCAUCUCCAAUACUUGAGUAGCGAUUGUGUUCAUCUUGAGACGAGAAACUUGACCGGCGGCUUCAUACAAGAGCUCCCAAGCGGCGUCGUUUUGGGCGGAGGUGUAACCGGCGGUGAUGGAACUCUUGCUCGAAAACCCAAUCCGGUUCGACCAGGGUCCGAACCCAGUUAGCGUCGAUUGUGGCGACAUUGAGAAUAACUAAGCCCGUAGGCUUCUUCAUCUUUAGAUCUAAGUCGUUGAACGAACUGAUGCUAGGUAAGAUUUUUCUCUUUGUAAUCAUCGAAUAUUAAGUUGGAAGAUUUAUCAGUUUGAAUGUGGUAAACGAUGAUUGUCUGAGUUGAUUCAACUUUAUUUUUUGAAAUUUAUGUUGUUUUUAAUUGAUUUAAGUUUCUGGGUAAUGGAUUUUUGGGAUAUUUUGUGCUGAAUUUUUGCAAUUUAGGGUUUAAUUUUAAUUUAAUGGUGAAGAAGUUAACAAUUUUCCCCAAUUUGAUUUUGAACAGAAGGAAAGAAAGCGAAAUUGACAUGGAAGAAUCUCGAGAAAGACAAGCUUGUGGUCUCCACUUCCUGCUCACUUCUUCACACUACUUUUGAUCUUGUUAACGAGACUUAAAGCUUGAUGAUGAAAUCAAGUCAUGGCUUGCAUUUGCUGCACAGAAAGUUGUUAAAGUUAACGCUUUGGCCAAGGCGUUUGUCUGGUCAGAAGGAUGAGCAAGAGACUUGCUACCAAAUUGCUUUGGCCAUCAAGGAUGAGGUUGAGGAUCUUGAGAAGGCUGGUAUCAAUGUUAUCCAAAUUGACGAGGUUGCUUUGAGAGAAGGUUUGCCACUCAGGAAGUCUGAGCACGGUAGCUACUUGAAGUGGGCCGUCCACUCCUUACGUAUCACCAAUGUUGGAGUCCAAGACCCAGAUUUCCCCAUUGCCCAGGAAUUUACACUAAUGAGCAAGUCGAAGCAAGGAAGAAAGUGGUUAAUGCUGUUCAUGCAAAGGGUGCAUUCAUCUUCUGCCAGUUUGUCGAGCCUCGCAUACAAAUUAACUAUUCACUCUAUAUAGUUAUAAAUUUUCAUGUUGUAUUAAGGACUAUUAUUUAUAUAGUAGCUUUUGACUCAUGUUAGGGAGUUGUUGUAAAGUUGUAUCUUUGAUUUUAUAAUUAAUUAUAUUUUACAUUUAUUAUUAUUGAAUAUUGAUAAUAGUAAUUAAAAUUUGGCAUC